UCUGUAAGUCUUAGAUUGAGUCAGUAGGUCUGUUAGUCAGGGGUUGGCGUCUACAUGGUGAGGUUUGGAACCUCUAACCUGGUUGUACACCUAUCACCAUGGUUGAGACCUGCACUGGGAAGGAGACUAAUCCCUACACCCUUGAGCAGCAAGCGAAGAUGGCCGCCAUAGUGAAAGAGAAUAAGGAGAGAAAAGAGCGUGAGAAGCAGGCGAAGCUAAAGGCUAUCGCAGAUGAGCGGGCGGCGAAGAUGAAGGAAGUGGAGGAGGAGAUGAAGAAGAAGGAGAAGGCUGCUGAAGAAGAAGCGACAACAGAAGAGGAAAAAGAAAGGAUGAGGAUUGAAAGCAGAGAAGGGAGCAGUGGCACGAAGAAGGACACAGACGCUGAGAUUGAGAAGAAGAUCAGCGAGUGGGUUGCUAACUUAUCGUUGGGGGAAGAUGAAGAGGCGGAGUCAUAUGUGACUGAGGAUGAGAAGGCCGCAUUGGCCACUGAGCUAGCAACCAUGAUGGAUCCUAUGGAGCGAAGAGAGAGGGAAGACGAGCAAAAGUUGCAGUGGAAGCUGAGAAUGAAGAGGGAGAAGAGGAGGAGGAGAGAAGAAGUGAAUAAGAUGACCGCAACAGUAGCGAAGGUGCAGGAAUGUAGAGCGGAGGUAUUGGCCCAGCCAGAUGAUAAGGCCAAGUGGGACAAGGUACUGGGGUACCUGGAAGUGCUGAGCAAGGCUUGGAUGGAGGAGCGCCAGGCUAGUUGGAGUCAGGAUGUAGCGUUGAGUGCCAUGCGGUCAGGAUUUAGGGAGUUUGCGCGCGAGAUCGUCACCCACAUUGGGGGCGACGUGAAACAGUUGAGGGACAACGUAGGGAAGUACUGCGAAGGCGCCAUUGAGGGUGCCAAAGCCAUAGCUGCUGCAGAGGGCGAAGGUAGACCCCGCAAAGAGCCUGUAAAGCUCAAGUUUCCAGACGCGUACGGGGGAAAGAAGGAGGAAAACUUUGAUAUCUGGGAGGCCAGUGUCAACAGUUAUAUCUAUUUGCAGCAUAUCCUAACUGAGGAGCAACUCCUCGUGGCCUUCCAGGCCCUGAAGGACGAAGCGGCUAGCUUCGCCAGGUCUCUCGCGCGCACAGCCGGUUGUGAAAACAACCUGGUUGCAUAUUCCAAAGUCACCCCUCUUUCCCAAUUCCUCCAGCUCCUCAAGGAGCGUUUCGUUGACCCAACGCGAGGCAUUAGAGCCUCUGACAAGCUGCAAACGAUCCACUCACGGCAGUGGAGGAGUGCCAAGGCACUCAAGAGUACCAUGGAUGACUUGGUAGCCGUCCCGGACCAUGGGGUCACUGAUCCCCAGUUGGUCCAGUUGUUUUAUCGUGCCAUUCCAGAGGCCCUACGCGGGCAUUUCUUUGACAAAUCUCAGCAGGCCGGCAUCACUUACGAUGCAUUGAGUAGAGAAGUCGUCCUGUAUGAGUCGAAGUCUAUGCCAGUUACCACUUUCUGGCAUAAGAACCUGGAGAAGGGGAAGAAGUGGAAGGAUCGUACCAUCUCGGGCCAAGUCAAGGCCAAGGAUCACUUGAUCCUGACAUUAGAGGAGGGUGGUACAGAAGAGGUCCCAUAUGAUCAGAUUGAGUGGGGCCUAGGGGAGGAGUACAGUUGUGUAGGGCAGGGGAGGUCUUACGCUGYUGUCGCGGCCGGAGGGAGGCCGCAAGGUAGAGGAGGGGGCCAGGGCCAAAGGGGCCAGGCCAUGGGAGGCCGAGGACCAGGCGCACAGGGGGUUGGCGGACAGGGAAACCGCCAAGCGGGAGGUAGGGGUCAAGGUCCCCCGUUAAAUCGCAGGGUAAUCGGUCCCCGCAGCGAGGAGGUGGAAGGGCACCUCAAGGAGGAUGACACCCAGGCUUGCGACAGGGCAGGCCCUGGGAAGAUCUGGGCUUGGACCAGCUUUUAUGGCAGGAACGCGUGAACAUGGGUCAGUGCGUGUUCUGUGGUGACCCGACGCACGUAAUUAAAUUUUUUCCAACGUAUAGACAGGCCCGUUGGGCUGCUCAGUCGUCAAAAGGCAGCCGCCAGUAGGGGUCGCAACUGCCCCUACUUCCAGGCCAUGUGGAGAAGUGAGCGCGCGCGAACAGGACACUCCCAACCCACAUGAGCCUAUGGCAGAGGUUGCAGGCCCGUGCCUAGGUAGCUGUCCAAAGACUGCUUGUGUUAGCGUCUCUUUAGGCACGUCCCUCACAGGUGUGGCAGAAGAGUUAAAGGAGAGAAUGCCAGCUUGGGCCAAAAUGAAAAGAGAGAGUAAGGGACAACUGAUUUUGGUAGAUGUAGAGGUGUUCAGAAGUAGAGUAGGGGCCCUUAUAGACUGAGGGGCUACGCGUAGUUACAUUAGUCGUAGGGCGUUGAAGAAGUUGAGGCUAGGACUAAAGGUCCAGAAGCUAAUAGACCCCAUAGUCAGUGUUCUCGCAGACAACCGCACGAUGCGCGUUGAGGACUACGUAGAGGGAGUCCAGGCGUACUUUCGCCUAGAGAAGAAUGAAAAAGUGGAGAAAGU